UCUUUGAGUGCGCAUGACUGGAAUAGAAAAGUUUGUUAAUGUUUACGAAGUAUUUUUUAAAGAAAUUACAGAAUAGAAUAAAAAUAAAAGAUGGCAUCAAGUCCGCCAUCUCCAGGAGAUCCUGAUAGUUCUGUCAGUCGUACAAGUUUAAAGAUGUACAAGAGAGAACCAAGCAAAAGAAUAUUCGUUAAUAGAAGUUUAAUGUUAGAAAAAGUGAAGUUUUAUGGAUUUGAUAUGGACUACACUCUUGCAGUGUAUAAAUCACCAGAGUAUGAAACACUGGGUUUUAACUUGUUAAAGGCACAGAUAGUAAUCAUGGGUUAUCCAGAGGCUAUCAAUGAAUUUGAAUAUGAUCCAACAUUUCCUAUCAGAGGGUUAUGGUUUGACAGUCUUUAUGGUAAUCUGUUGAAAGUUGAUGCUUUUGGAAAUAUCCUUGUGUGUGUACAUGGAUUCUGUUUUCUCCGUGGAAAAGAUAUCCAUAGUCUUUAUCCUAAUAAAUAUGUUCAGAUGGAUGAAAAAAGAUUCCGUAUUUUUAAUACCCUUUAUGAAUUACCUGUUUUAUACAUUUUGGCCUGUUUGGUAGAUUACUUCAGCAAUUCUCCAGAUUAUACACCUAGCAGUGAUAGAAAGGGUGUAAAAUGUGGUGAUAUAUCCAUGACGUUUAACUCUAUAUAUCAAGAUGUAUUGUGUGCUACAUCUGUUGUACAUGACAAAGAGGGACCAUUAAAACAAGAAACAGUGAAAAAUGUAGAAUCUUAUGUCUAUAAAGAUGACAGACUACCUGUUUUACUUAACAGGAUUCGUGAUUCUGGUGCUAAGGUUUUUCUAGCUACAAACAGUGAUUAUAGAUUUACUAAUAAAAUUAUGAACUUUAUGUUUGAUUAUCCACCAGAGAAGUCUGGUGGUGAGAAGAGAGAUUGGACAUCUUAUUUUGAUUAUAUUGUUGUGGAUGCCAAGAAGCCAUUAUUUUUUGAAGAGGGGACAAUAUUAAGACGAGUGGAUCGGACUACUGGGAGAUUACAACUUGGUACUCACACAGGACCAAUUUCUUCUCAACAUAUCUACUCAGGAGGAUCAGUGGGCGCAUUUUCUGAAGUAAUGAAGUCUUAUGGCAGUGAAGUCCUGUAUGUAGGGGAUCAUAUUUUUGGUGAUAUUUUAAAAUCUAGGAAGGCUCGAGGAUGGAGAACAUUUUUAUGUGUUCCGGAAUUAUCUCAGGAAUUGAUGGUAUGGACAGAUAAACGAUCGUUAUUUGCAAAAUUAGAACAAUUAGAUAUUGCUAUUGGUGAAAUGUACAAAAAUUUAGAUAGCAGUUGUAAAGAAUCAAGACCUGAGAUUGGAAAAAUACAUAAUUCUAUCAGGGAAGUAACCCAUCAGAUGGAUAUGUCUUAUGGUAUUUUAGGCAGCCUUUUUAGAAGUGGUUCCAGACAGACAUUUUUUGCUAGCCAAGUGAUGAGAUAUGCUGAUCUUUACGGAUCCAGUUUCUUUAAUUUUAUCCAUUAUCCCUUCUCUUACGUCUUUAGAGCGCCAUCUAUGCUGAUGUCCCAUGAAUCAACUGUAGAACAUGACGCCAUGUUGGAUCCAUCAGAUCAGAUUAGUCAGAUAUCACUAGCCACAAGAUCUCGAUCAAUCUCAGAAGACAAUAGUGAAGAUCGCAAACGUAAUCCAUUACUUAGAAGUGACAGCCUUGUACCCCGUGCUUAUGCUCCUACGCCCAGACAAUAUACACAGGUACAGGAAGACUCCGACGAGGAAUAAUGUCAUCGCUUAAAUUAAUUUAGUCAGAAGUUAGUUCCCUCCUGAUUAUCAAGAGUUUUUAUCAAUAAUGCUGCUGUUUUAUAGCUUAGAAUAUGUAGAAAUAUUUACAAUAUACACAACAGGGAACAAAUUAUUUUAUUUUAUUGGCCUUUCAGUCUUAUGCUCUAUUAUUAGUUCUUUUAGCCUACCAAUAUUUAAACUUGUGUAGCAAUUCUUUUAUUUGCUAUAUCACAUGACAUAUAGUGUAGCAUUGCAUAUCAUAGACAACAUUUAUUUUAUCUUGAAUGGCAAAUUCAUAUUUUCUCUGAACAAUGUUAGAGUACUGAUUUUAUAUUUUGUUUUGUUACUACCUCAAUGAAAAAACUUUUACUGCCAGAGUCAUUUGCUUUAUGAAUGGAAUGUUGUUUAAUGUCUAGUCAUUUUUGAGACAAACAUGGUCGUUUAUAUUUCCAUGGUUACGGAAAACCUAGAUCCAUCUAUGUGCACAUUGGCAUGCAUGGAAAAAAACACUUAAACAGGGGUGGAAACUUAAGUCAUGCAACUCUAACUCGAGUCUGACUUAAGUUAAUUCAUUGACCUGACUUGACUUGACUCGACUCAGAAACAACAGUUGUGAAAAUUUGUGAGGUAAAAGAGAUAAAGAAUUGAGUUGCAUGAGUGGACAUAACUUUAACGCGUCUUAUUCGCCAUGAAUUAUUGACUCACUUGAUGAAAAGGCGACUUGAAUGGGACUGAAGUCAACGACUUUAGGCUCAACUAGGACUGGAGGUACGACGGCUUGGGACUCAACUCAGACUCUUAGGUCCCACGGCUUCUUCCCACCUCUGCAUUUAUGACAUAUUAAAUUAGACCAGAAGUAGGCUUAAAUACUACUGCUCAGGUAAAAUUCUCUUACCAAGUGUUGCACAUGUAAUCAUAGAAAUAUAAAUUAUCAUGUUUGUUUCAAAAUGAGUAAAAUAUUGUGUCGAUGAUUCAUUAAAUCCAUUUUGUUUUUCUGUAAAGUUACAAUGGUUUUUGAGCAUAAUAUAAGGUUUGAUCUCUCCAUCAUUAGUAUGCACCAAGUUUAAUUUAAUGUUUGAUUAAAAUCCUGUUACUAACCUUAUAUUAUAUAUUCUGUUGACACUAUUUUUAUUUCAAUAUUUGUUUGAAAUAUUAGUCGAUGUGUAUUGUUUAUAACUAGUACAAUGGCAGAUCUAGAUGGGGGCCCUAGGAACCUGGACCCUCCUUUAUACCUACGGCAGACAAGCGUAUUUUUUCGCCCGAUCUCUGCGAUUUUUAAAAUCGCUUGAAAGUAUCACCUAUGUACCCAUUCUGCUUGGUGACCAUUUGCCUGAAUAUUUUACAUAUUAGAUAUUUCGGCAUAUCGGCUCGUCUGCCCAUGCCCAGUAUAUAUUGUCAAGUAAACCAUUUUCAUAAGCCAAUCGGAGACAUCAUUGAUAUCACAAAAUCUCUAAAUGGCUGCCUCCACCCCCGAAGCGUGGAAUUGGUCAGAAAGGCCUUGCCUGUUUGACAUCACAAUUCCGGAAUUUUAUAAGCAAAUAAACAGCAACUGCUAAUCUUACUUUUUUGGCGAUUUGACAUUUUGUACAAGUCACAUGAUCGAUGUAAUUGACUCGCAGAGUGGCUUACGCUCUCAAGACCAUCACUAUGUGACCGUUCGUGAUCAGCCAUAAAAAAUUACUGCCGAAUUUCAGACGCCGCAAUCUGGCGAAAAAAUACGCUCAUUUGCCCAUAGCUUAAAUGAUGGUAGAAAAAAUGCUUGACUGGGGUUAUGGGAAGAUACCUUUUCUACCAAAUAUUAUCCAUCAGCUACUGAACCAGUAGAUCAGGCGAAAAAAUUGCUCAUCUGCCCAUAGAAAAAAAUUCUUGACUGGGGUUAUAGGAAGAUACCUUGUCUACCAAAUAUCCAUCAGCCAUUGAACCAGUCGAUGACAACAUAUGAAUGCUCUUCAUCAUGACAUAUCAUGUUUAGUGUGCUUGUUAUUUUUCUCUUAUUUAUAUUAUAUAGAUAAUUAUAUAUAGAUUGGUUUUUAUAUUAUAUAUAUAUUGUUGAACCAAUGGUGAAUUAUUUCUCAGUAAUUAUGUUGUUGUCAGUUCUGUUUAUUUCUCAUACUAGAAAAUGUCAACAAGUUUUAUUUUUUGAUAUGUAUGGAUAUUUCAAUAAUUUAAGGCUAUGUAGAAAAUAUAUUCUGGUUCUUGGCUAACACUGCGUGGGUUAGAAAGGACCAGGCGACCGUUUUUUAUUUUAAAAAUAAAACAUUGUUAUUGAUUACGGUACCAUGCUAUUUGAAAUUAGUACACAGUAUUUGAGAACAGCACCCGGUAUUUGAGAAUAGCACCUGGUAUUUGAAAAAAAAAUACACAUUAUUUGAAAAUAACACAAAAUAACACAUGGUAUUUGAAAAUAACACAUGGUAUUUGAAAUUAACACAUGGUAUUUGAAAAUGAUACCUGGUCAUGGUUCGCACUCCUUGAAAACCCUGGAAAAAUGAAAAUGUGAUUUUGAAUGCUGGAAAAUCCUGAAAAAACAAGAUUACUCCUUGAAACUCCUGGAAAAUUAACAUUUGUGGUUUCGCUAUACAUUGUAAGAUAUAAAACGGAAGAUAGUCAUCGAAUGUUUCUUCAAAAGUUCAUGAGUUUGUCGCAUGAAAAUGUUCUUCAAGCGUCAAAAAAAUACAUGUAGAAUUCUAUACAGGGACUCCUGGAAUCUGGUAAAUAACUCAUGGAAUUUUAAGUGUUCUGUGUUGUGCACACACUGCUGGUAUAACUUACUGUUCUUGUUACACUCCUCAUCAUAAUAACUGUUAUUGGCUUUGUUAUACUAUAUUUCUUUUCUUACGUAAAUUUAAGUUGGUUUAUUUUUCUACAUGAAACACAUUAUUUUCUACACAAUCAUGUUAAGGUGUCAUGCUAAUAUUAUAUAUAUAUUGUUACAUUUACUACAUAUUUUGGUACUACAAAAAACUACAGGCUUCCUGGCUUUGUGUAGUGUUAUGUAUUCCGGUACUACAAUAUAUUGUUAUAUUGUUCAAUAUGUUUGCUGGUACUACAGUAUUCUUUAUAAAACUACAGGCUUUGUGUAUUGUUAUCUUAAAUAUGUAUUCCAGUAUUUCAGUAUACGACAUCAGGUUUUCUAGCUUGGUGUAUUUUUAUAUUGAAUUUGUAUUCAGGUUCUAUUGUACUAUUAUGACUACAGGGCACAGGCUUGUUAUGUUCACUGUGUUCUGGUACUACAAUAUACUACAUUUACCAGUACUACAGUAUGCUUCAUUAUACUACAGACUUUGUGUAUUAAUAUAUUCACUAUAUAGAUGUAUUCUGGUACUACAAUAUACUACAAGCUUUGUGUAUUAACAAAUCAGUAUUCAAUGGAUAUUUUAAUACCAAUAUUACUAUAUAUAUACCAGUACAUCUAGUUAUUUCUAGUAAUCUGUAUCAAUAGGCUUAAAAAGUUAGAUAACAUUUACUUACUUAGUGUACGCAAUCAGAUUAUUUGUAAUUUAUUCUACGCAAUCAAACUGUUUGUAAUUUAUUCUACGCAAUCAAACUAUUUGUAAUUUAUGGGCAUAAGAAUUAGAAAAAUAAUCAAGAUAUUAAUUAAUUUAUUGUAAUAAUGGAUGGAUCUAUGAUGUUUUUGAGGGUUUUAUUUUGACCAAAAAAGAUUAUUAGAUAUUUAGACUAAUUAUAAUGUAGUAUUGAUGAGAGGGGAUUUCCCCUUUGUUAAUGCUAGAUUACACUUGUCAAAGGGUGUCUGUAUCAAAAACGGUCUAACGGCAUUUACAAAGAGGAAGUCUGAAUGCAUUUUUAUUACAAUAAUAAUUAUAUUUAGAAAUCUGUGCAUUUAUUUACCUUAUUAUUUAUAUAGGUAUGUAGCGUGUGUGCAAGUCCUGUAUUCUAUACUAAUAUUUGUGACUGUCGUUUGUCUGUCUUUCUGUCUGUCUGUUCGGGGUUGGCGGCUACACUAGGUCUGCCUCUAGUCUGAAAUUUGGGGUAUAGGGGUAGCUCGGACCGAGGAGUAACAUAGGCCAGGUGGCGUUAGUCUACCACUUCCGGUUUCGGGGUUAUGACCCCCGAGCGAAGCUGGGCAUUCUUCUAGUAAAUAUAUAUACUAGAUUGGACUGUUAAUUUUAUGUGAGUAAAUUAUUAUGAAUUUUUCUGAUAGAUAAAUUUUAUGUAUGGAAAUGAUAUCCUAUCUGACCUCUUCCCUAACCAGCCUGGAAAAAGUCAUACUUAUGUAUCUGAAUUUGUUAUUUUAAAUAUUUUUAUUUUUGUUAAAGCGUUUCUGGAUGUUUCAUAUUGGUGCAUAUUUUUAUAUCUUGUUUUCAAUUUUAAGCCAACAUGUACAGUUCGACUGUACAUGCACAUCUAGCAAGUCUUAUCCUUUACUAAAAUAAUUAAAUCAAUAAUUUAAGUCACUAUAUUGCGGUUGUGGUUUAGUUUGCGGUGUGCUGUUUACCUUAUAUGUUUUAUAUAGUUAGUAUUUUAAUAUUCAUGUACUGUAUAACAUUAUUUUAGUUAGUUUUUUUUUUUUUUAAUGAUGUUGGAUAUUUUGUGAAAGAUUUAAAUCCUCAUAUCUCUAAAUUAAGACAGAACCAAUUUAUUUUCAAUACUUGACAUUUUAUGAUAAAUAAGAAAGGAAAAUCAGUGAAAGGACCAAGUACAAAUUAAACUUUAUAGAAACUAAUAUAUGCAGGGAUUUGGUUGCCGAAUAGUUUAAUGCUUGUAAUCAUAAGAUCUGUCAUUAAGUCUCUCGGCAUGGUUUCGAUGUGGCAAGGAUUACUUUUGCCUUUUUAGACUAACAUAUAAUCAUGAAACUAACAAUUCUAUGAUAAUGAAUUAUUUAUUCUCUUAAUAUAAAUAUAUUUUUUGUAUUUGUAAUCUGAACUAAAUAAAAUACUAAAUAACCCU